GAUGCCCAUUCAAGGGAAGUACAAGUCCUUUUCGAUUGGCUAUUUUUUGAGCAUGCGACUGUCGUCCGUUUUCGACCUGGAGGCUCAGGCGUGCGUGCACGCCGAGACUCGUUUGUUUCCGGAAUGGAGGUGCAGCAGGAGAGAGGUUUUGGAAGCGGAGAAGGAGGAUGUCCAGGAAUAUUUGCCGGGAAGCGAAGAGUCAGUGCUCUUCAAGAUUGCGUCGUUAGACGCGGAGUCGUUCGAGGGACGGCGGUUGAGGCGGUUUGAAUCGUUUUUGGUGCGUGUGAGCGAGAAGGGAGGUAUUGUGGAGGACGUGAUAUUGAAUGUAGGGGGUCCUAUGUACGAUUUGGCGUGGUGCCCUCAACCUUUUGGUUUUUCCCGCCACCCGUCUCCUGAGGUUGCGCAUACUUUUUUGGCGGUGACGGCGCACAAGUACAGGUACCAGGUUCACAGUAUAGGGGUGGCGAGUGGUGGAUACAACAUGAUUCAGAUCUGGGAUUUAGGAUAUUUGACCAAUAUGGGCAUUUUUUCAUCGGAUGGUCUCAGUCCUUUCGAGCCGUUCAUGACGCUGGGGAUACUGCACCGUGGGUCGUGCGCGGUGGAUUUGACGUGGUGUCCUAGGGGUUCACCUCAUCCGAGCAGCUUAGAUUGGGACGGACCUGCCGACUUGGUCCCCCGACUCGGAAUUCUGGCGGCUGCCUUGGCCGAUGGAUCGUGCAACAUUUACGCAGUGCCUCACCCGAUCUUCUUGAGGAAGGCAAGGGGGAUGGCGGAGAGCGACAGAAGAUCGAUUUACUUGGAGUUGAGGCCAGUUUAUCAACUGGUCUAUUCGAACCGAAGUUUGCCGUUACAGGUUGCUUGGUCUCAUCAUGACGACUGUCGGCUCCUCGCGAUCGGGUGCACAGACGGAUCGGUGGACAUUUGGAAGCUUCCGACGUAUUCAGAUGGACAGAGCGAGACAACCCUUCAGCCGAUGGUUUCGACGAUGGCCACAGCUCGCCAAAGUGCUUUUGACAUGGCGGAAUCCGAGGCUCUAGAUCCCUCUGGAGAAAAUCCAGAAGGCGACUUGCUUAGCGGCGACAAGCAAGGUGGAAUUGCCAUACCGACGAGAAAAAUUCAAUUCCACCAAGUUCCUCUUUGGCAUCGAAAAUCUCACCCUUCUCCUAUUCGCUCGCUUCUUUGGCACCCGUCCAACAGCCGCUUCUUCGCCACGGGCGCAAUGGACUCCUCAAUCAAGGUGUGGGACGUGAACCUCGCCGACGUGCCGCUAGCGUCUGUGUCUGUAAGCGGCGGGACGGUCCUCGAUAUGGACUGGGCCGGGAAAGACAGCGACUACGCGAUAGUGGUCGCGUGCGAUGAAGGAGGCAUCAGGCACUUCGGGCCGAAUUGCUCGAGAAUAUACGACUUCCAUAGCUUCGGGUGCUGGGGAAUCAACAUAUCUCCAAUCCUGAGCCUCCAGACGUCGUGUGACACUCAGGGAAAGGUAUACUGCAUGACCGUACCAGAAAAGCGCUCGAAAGUGGGCGGCGUCGAAGUGUGCAUCGAACGCCUUCGACUGGAAACGUCUGCGAAGUUCGAGAAAAAAGACAAAUACGAAAAAACUCGUCCGACCGUCGAAGCCAAUCUGUGCGACGCAUCUUCUCUCUAUGCGCCCGAAUCAUCUGAUGACUUCGUCUUGUGUUUCGCCGAGUCAUCCGUCCGCUGUGGAAACCAAUUGACUCCCGCGCACUUCAAAAACUCGUCGCGGGCGAAGCAGGGAAGGCCCAAGAAAGGCGAAAUACGCCAGCCAGAGAAAAAAGUUCCCACAAAAAAAAAGCCGGCGAAACAAGUGCUCAAAUUCAAAGACCCUCUGUUGACACUCUACAAGACCAAGUGGAACCCGAACACCAUUGCGCCCAGUUGGAUCGCCUAUGGCGGGAUGGCCGGGCUGAUGCGGGUCCAGUUUUUGGCCUGGACGAAGCCUUUUUGAACAACGUAUGCGAUACGUUCGUUGAAAGGAUGCGCGACGUAAAGCGGUUUUGUUCUAAUUUUUUUUUGUACAGGAACAUUGUGUUUUAUAUCCCUGUCAAAGGGAGUGUGGCUUUUUUGAAUGAGGUACACGUCGAGCCUGAAGCUUAUUUGUCGACACUGCAGGAUUACCAAACGUGGGAAAGUGCGCUACGUUCGUUGCUACUACCAUCCGAAACACAAACAGCGCAUGGGAUGGCCGCGUAAGGCCAUCAACUCCCAAUAUUCGACUGUACCACCAAGCGUUCAUUCUUCGACUGCAACUCCGACGAUGCAGCGGUGGCCCCCGGUAGUUGCCCUGGCGGUCUGGUGGUCACAGUGGUGGAGGGGGAUACCUGCGUUUUGAUAAGGGUCUGGCGCUCUUCGUCUGCGGCGCGACGUCCAACCGCGCGCUACUGCUCAUUUCUGUUGCAGCCAGUGCGCGUUUCGCGCCAGCAAAGCCGAAAAUAAAAAAUCAAUUUUACACCGCCGAG